AAAGGCUGCUUGCUUCCAGCUUGGCUUGAAAGUGCAACCUUAAUAAAACUCACUGAAGCCUGAGAGAAAAUAGCAGUUCUGCAGCAGAUAGUGUAGGGGAAAGAGACUGGGAUAUGCAUAUGCAGCUGACUAAAGCAGGCUACAUGCUGGACUGUAACAGAGAGGAAACAAUAAAUCUUAACUACUACGCAAUAAAUAUUCCCAAUUUUAACUAAGGAAGCUAUCCUCACAGUGAAAUUAAAAAAACAACAAUUUAUCCAAGCUUGAUUACUAAAGUGCUCUUCUCUAGUCCUUUUUUCAAAGACUUUAAGGGAAAUUAAGAACAAAUUUAAAGAAAGAGGAAGAAAAGGUUUUUGUUAAAGUAGGAAACGAAAGUAAUAAUAACAUGUCAGUUAUCCUUUCUUUUGCUUUCCUGGCAGCAAUUCUUCCUCAUAUAGGCUGUAAUAACCAGCGUCGGGGUCCAGAAGCCAGUGGGAGAAGAUUUAACCGGAUUCAGCAUGGGCAGUGCACCUACACUUUCAUUCUGCCAGAACAGGACGGGAACUGUCGUGAAAGCACGACAGACCAGUACAACACAAAUGCUCUUCAGAGGGAUGCUCCUCAUGUGGAACAGGAUUUCCCUUCCCAGAAGCUGCAACAUCUGGAACAUGUGAUGGAAAAUUACACUCAGUGGCUGCAAAAACUUGAGAACUACAUUGUGGAAAACAUGAAAUCAGAGAUGGUGCAGCUGCAGCAGAAUGCUGUGCAUAACCACACCGCCACCAUGCUCGAGAUAGGGACGAGCCUCCUCAGCCAGACAGCAGAGCAGACAAGAAAACUCACGGAUGUUGAAACCCAGGUGCUAAAUCAAACAUCCAGACUUGAAAUUCAGCUACUAGAAAACUCACUGUCAACAUACAAGCUAGAAAAACAGCUGCUACAACAGACACAUGAAAUCUUGAAAAUUCAUGAGAAAAACAGUUUACUUGAGCACAGAAUUUUAGAAAUGGAAGAAAGACAUAAAGAGGAGCUGGACACUUUGAAGGAAGAAAAAGAGAACCUACAGAGCUUGGUCACACGACAAAGCUACAUAAUCCAGGAACUAGAGAAGCAGUUAAACAAGGCAACAAGCAAUAAUAGUGUCCUGCAGAAGCAGCAGCUUGAAUUGAUGGACACAGUUCACACUCUGAUCACCCUUUGUUCUAAAGAAGGAGUUUUACUAAAAAAUGCAAAAAAGGAAGAAGAAAAGCCUUUCAGAGACUGUGCAGAUGUAUACCAAUCUGGUUUCAACAAAAGUGGGGUCUAUACUAUUUAUAUUAACAAUGUGUCAGAUCCUAAAAAGGUCUUUUGCAAUAUGGAAAUUGCUGGAGGAGGGUGGACGGUUAUACAGCACCGAGAAGACGGGAGCCUGGAUUUUCAAAAAAGCUGGAAAGAAUACAAAAUGGGUUUUGGUAGCCCAUCAGGUGAACAUUGGCUGGGAAACGAAUUUAUCUUUGCAAUAACAAGUCAGCGGCAAUAUUCUCUAAGAAUUGAACUAAUGGACUGGGAAGGAAACCGGGCAUAUUCACAGUAUGACAGAUUUCACAUAGGAAAUGAAAAGCAGAAUUACAGGCUUUAUUUAAAAGGUCACAGUGGAACAGCUGGAAAACAGAGUAGCCUGAUUUUACAUGGUGCUGAAUUCAGUACAAAAGAUGCUGACAAUGACAACUGCAUGUGUAAAUGUGCUCUCAUGUUGACUGGAGGGUGGUGGUUUGAUGCCUGUGGUCCCUCCAAUCUCAAUGGGAUGUUCUAUACAGCUGGGCAAAACCAUGGAAAACUCAAUGGCAUCAAGUGGCACUACUUCAAAGGCCCCAGCUAUUCCUUGCGCUCCACCACCAUGAUGAUUCGGCCCUUGGACUUUUAAAGGCAUUCAGUGAUGAAUCUUAGAACAAACCAGGAUGACCACUUUCAGCAGCACCACUAUCACAGUUUGAAGGUAAAGGGUGCAGGGCUUCUUGAAAGCAACAUGUAGGGAUGAUGAGAAGUUGCUUCAUUAUCACCCCUGGAAAAACUGGGGUGAUAAUGGAAAAACUGGGGUGAUAACCUGGAAAAACUCCCCAAGUCACUCUACAAAAACUCCCCCAUUUUGAUGACUUGGGGAGGCUUGGUUUGGAAGAAGGUAAAUGCAGUAAUUUUCCAGAGAAGAACACCUGGAUCUGUUUAUUCUGCCUAAACCUGGUACUUGUCAGUGGAUGUCUUUUUUUUUCUUUUUUUUUUUUUUAAUGCAAAAAUGUACAAGGUUAUUCAGCAACAGCAUCAGAAUUUGAAAAACUGAGAUAUAUCAACUACAGCCUAUUGAGUAGAAUGUUCAGCAGUGAAAUCCCAAAAUUAUACCCAUGAAAAGGACUACAGAGACACCUUUAUUAAAACUCAUCUUAAAGCGCUCAAGGUGACCGCUCCAAAUAUUGUUUUUCUUAAAUGAACUGAAUUUGGAUAGUGGAUGGAUUUAUGUUAAUGCCAGAGUCAAAUAAUUUGUGCGAGUAUUAUUUUUCAUUAAAUCCUUUAAAGACAUGUUUCUCAUAAAUAAACUGAGUCAAACAUAUAAAGAAUGAUAAGGGUAAUAAGCAUAAAUUCUUCAGUUGCUCUGUAGAAGUAAAUCAGAUAAUUGGCAUAAUCCCUGAGCUAGGAUUUAUAGUGUGAUAACAAAAGUAGCUAUGUUUUGAGGUUUUUCCUUUCUUUCAUUAAAGGGAAUCUGAAUGUCAUGCAGAAAAAUUAAUGGAAGGUUUAAAGAAUGUGAAAUAUUAUCCUAAAGAAAAUACAGGAUUUUGCAUGGAAUACUUCCAUCAAAAGUAAACAGGAAGGCAAACUGUUAGGGUAUAUAAAAAUUACAUAAAUGCAUAGCUUAAGGCAACGGAUUCUUUUUACAGUAUCCUUGCGUGUGCGCAAUUUAUUUUUCUUUAUUAUUACAUUUCUGUGAAUAUCAGAAGCAUGCCAGUUCUACACAGUGCUUAGGCUACAACUAUAUAAAAAUAGUCAUCAGAGCAGUAUAGAAAAUAAGGAAUUGUGAACUUGUAAAUAGUGUGUUUAUAUUUCCUGUAAUGGUCAUUUGAUUUGUACAGGAAGCCCUGACCCUACUCCAAGGGUGCAAAAACUCAAAAGGAUAUAAAUAUUAUAAGAACUUUAGAAGACUGCUUAAAGGUUGUUAGCAUGUAAUUUUGUUAUAUUAAAAUGUUGCAGAAGUGGGGGGCAAGAUGCACAUUUGAACUCUUAGAGAAGAUCAAGUUCCUAAAACAACAAGCAACGAAAUAGUUGGAUGGCCCAUGAGGGAAUAGAGAAAACUCUUUCCAUUUACAGCCCCUUGUGAUUUAGUCAUAUGAACAAAAUCCAUUUGGGAAAGUAGCUUGCAGUCAUUCUAUUUCUGCUAUAUAUAAAAUGAAGAAGUUUACUUUCACUGAAAUUAAAAGUAACAUUUUCAUCAAGUAAAUUAGGACCAACAUGACAUGCAAAAUCUGCAAGUGGUGACUUUUUUGCUUGUCUGUUGUUCUGUUUCAUUCAUUAAACUGUUCCUGAGAUCCGGCACGAAAAAGACCGGAGUAUUUUUUAAAAGACGAUGAUAAAGUAACUGCCUUUAAUUUUUUCUCUUCCCCUUCUCCUUUUUCUCCCUUCUCCCCCCCCCCCCCCCCCCUUUAUUUCCAUGGAAUAGGAUUUUUUUAAACAUCCCUUUUUAAACAUCACAAGGCCUCACAGGGUUCUCUUUAGUUUUAAGUGGGAAGAUCUUUGUUUUUGUGUAUUUGUAUAUAUUUAUAUAUAUAUUUGAAGUAAUCUUGCCUAAGGGUUAAUUUGCUGUUUUCUCCUGAAUAAGUUACCAAACUGCUCCUUACUCAGCAGUUUUUUCACAGAGCUGUUUUGUCUCAGUUUCCAGCAGUUUUUUUAGUGGUCUUCAUUUAUGUGCAAAAUAUGUGGUCCGUCUUCCUUCAUAGUCUCAAAAGAUAUAUUUUUGCAGGUCUUUAAGUUAGUAAUGCUAUUUUUGCAGAUCCUAUUGCAAAAGGAAAACCACAUUUAAAAUAAAAAGCAUGAUAUUUACUAUUUAUCUGGGUUUGAAAAAAAUGUGGAUUUGGUUUCCUAUCCUUUAUAAUAAAACAUCAUUAAAAA